UUGUUUCCAUGGCCUAGUUUUCACUCACUCUGUCUCUGUCUCUCUUUUUGUAUAAAUCUUUCAGUCCAUAGAUACAGAACAGAGCAGACCCAUAAAGCAAAGUACUCAUGGCAACAACCUCACUUCUACUUGUCAACUCUCCUCUCUCAGCCUCUUCAUCACCCUCCCCUCUUGUUCUCCGAACAAUACGUUCUUCACAGACCCAAUACUCAACUCGGUUUCAACCCAGAACCAGAACCACACCCAUCCACCUAUCAAUCGCCGGAGCUCAGGCCGAUGACGAUGUUCGGAGGAAGGAAGACAUAGUCAUUGUUGGCGCCGGUAUUGCCGGCCUUGCCACAGCAGUUUCGCUUCACAGGCUCGGAGUUGGGUCGAUGGUGCUGGAACAGGCAGAGUCACUGCGGACUGGUGGAACCUCACUCACGCUCUUCAAGAAUGGGUGGAGGGUUUUGGACGCAAUUGGGGUUGGCAAUGAUCUCAGAACCCACUUUCUUGAAAUUCAAGGGAUGUCAAUAAAAUCAGAAGAUGGAACAGAGCUACGCUCAUUUAGCUUCAAAGACGAAGAUGAAAGCCAAGAGGUUCGCGCUGUGGAGAGGAGGAUACUUCUAGAGACUCUUGCCAAUCAACUACCACCGGAUGCAAUCAGUUUUUCCUCAAAAUUAGCAAAGAUUGAAAGAAGUGAAUCAGGUGAAACUUUAUUGGAACUCAUGAAUGGGAGAAGGCUAUCUGCAAAGAUUGUGAUUGGCUGCGAUGGAAUCCGCUCUCCAAUCGCCAAGUGGAUGGGAUUCUCAGAGCCCCAGUAUGCAGGCCAUUGUGCUUUUCGUGGGCUUUCAUUCUACCCUGAUGGACAGCCAUAUGAACCAAAAGUAAACUACAUCUAUGGAAAGGGAGUGCGUGCUGGAUGUGUUCCAGUUUCUCCGACAAAAGUUUAUUGGUUCAUCUGCUUUAACAGCUCGGCACCAGGUCCAAAGAUAACCGAUCCAUCAGUGUUGAAGAAGCAAGCUAGAGAACUAGUAAAGAACUGGCCCUCACAGCUCUUGGACAUAAUAGAUUCCAGUCCAGAUGACACAAUUAUCCGAACCCCUCUCGUGGACAGGUGGCUUUGGCCAUCCAUAAGCCCUCCCGCUUUUGUAGGCAAAGUCGUGCUAGUCGGUGAUGCUUGGCAUCCAAUGACUCCCAAUCUUGGGCAAGGCGCUUGUUGUGCAUUGGAGGAUUCAGUAGUUUUGGCAAGAAAACUAGCCGGUGCGAUCAAGACCGGAUCUACAACCAUUGAAGAAGCUUUCAGAUCCUAUGGAAGCGAAAGAUGGCCACGUAUCUUUCCAUUAACCGUGCGUGCAAAUCUGACAGGAUCAUUUUUGCAAUGGGAGAAUCCGGCUGUCUGUUCCGUACGCAACAAUGUUAUCAUCCCCAAGGUUGUUAGGCUUGGACCCAUGUUAGAACAUACAAAUUUUGAAUGUGAACCUCUAUAGUAUGCUAGGAAAUUCAGAUCAACAAACCCUAUUUGUAUGUAAAGUUGUUUCUGCAUUUUACGUAAAAUGUUAUUGAAUGUUUUGGGAGUAAACUUGAAAGUUGCUUUUCUUCUGCA